GGGGGGGGGGACCUAGCCGGUGGGGUGGCCUCGGUCUGAUUUUCAAGAGUAAAAUGGGGAUUUGGGUGGCAGCUGAGCCUGGACUUGUUGCUGGCGCUGAUUGCUGGCACUUGCUGCUAGCUUGGCUUCCUCAAUGUUGGAUGGAAGUCGGAGUAAACUACCCCAAGUCCGCUGGCCAGCCACCCCAGUCCCGCCUCGGGCAGCCGACAAGCGACGGCGGCGAUGGAUGCAACGCUCCUGGUGCCAUCUCCGCCUCCACGGCAACCCCGGCCAGUCCCCAUGGGGCACACACCAACAGACGUCGCUCCAUCAGGUGGAUGAGGUCUCGAGUCAUUGGCCGUGACCCUGCGGGGACUGAGGAGGAAAAAAAUGAUCAAGGGUGCGCUCGGCUCCGUCUUUGGGGUUGGAGAAUGAGGGAUGGGCCCUGCGCGCCGCUACGUACAUAUACCAGGGACGAACCGGCCGUUCGGGUCGCCUCUUCUGACUGCUGCCCUCAUCCCUCUUCCAUCGCGGUCGGUGGCCCAUUCUGCGUUUGUCGCGACGUAGAUCAGAGGCAGAGACAGCAGACACCCUCACCCCCAGGUACAGCAGCCGCAGCCCACCAUGGCCGCAGCCGGCACCCCCUCCGACUCGGGCAAAGAGGUCGCGCCCGAGGCCGCCCAGGUCGAGAGCGCCUACGCCAAAGAGGCCAACGAUGAUGCCAUCAGGCCCGCGCCCAAGACCACCAAGGGCCUCGACAAGGCCGAGCAGUUCCUCAAGGAGGCUGGCCGCACCGUUGUGGUCACCCAGGCCAACAACAAGCGCGUUGUGCGCCUCGUCGACAUGAGGCUGCUACCAAUUCUGCUUGUCGUUUACUGCCUCCAGUCGCUCGACAAGAACACGCUUUCAUACGCCGCCGUCUUUGGCCUGAUUGAGGACGCCAAGCUUGUCGGCGACCAGUUCUCGUGGCUCGGCUCCGUCGUCUACGUGGCCCAGCUCGUGUUCCAGCCGCUGGUCGCCUACAGCCUGGUCAAGCUGCCCACGGGCAAGUUCAUCACCGCCAUGGUCUUCUGCUGGGGCGCCGUGCUCUGCGGCAUGACGGCCGCCCACAACUUUGGCGGGCUCAUGGCCGCGCGCCUGCUCCUCGGCGCCUUCGAGGCCUCGGUCGCCCCGACCUUUGUCGCCAUCGUGCAGCAGUGGUACCGCCGCCGCGAGCAGACCAAGCGCAACGCCGCCUGGUACGCCACGCUGGGCGUCGUCAACAUCCUCGGCAGCCUGCUCACCUACGGCCUGGGCCACAUCGAUUCGGACAAGCUGCGCUCGUACCAGAUCAUCUUCCUCUUCUGCGGCGUGCUCACCGUGGCCUGGUCCGUCGUCAUGGCCUUCCUGAUGCCCGACUCGCCCAUGACGGCCAAGUUCCUCAAGGGCGACGACAAGCUCGUCGCCGUCGAGCGCCUGCGCAUGAACCAGCAGGGCAUCGGCUCGGGCGUCUGGAAGUGGGACCACGUGUGGGAGUGUAUGUACGACCCCAAGACGUGGGUCUGGUUCCUGACCAUGCUCGUCAUCUCCAUCCCCUCGGGCGGCAUCUCGACCUUUGGCCCGCUCAUCAUCGAGUCGUUCGGCUUCGACCGCUUCACCACCAUCCUCUUCAACAUCCCCUUUGGCGCCAUCCAGAUGAUCGCCACCCUCGGCGGCGCCUGGCUCUCGGACAAGAUCAAGAUGAAGGGCCCCGUGCUGAUGGCGCUGUGCAUCUGCCCCAUCGCCGGCUGCGCCAUCCUGCUCAAGACGGGCCGCGGCAAGGAGGACCAGGCGCUGAACCUGGCCGCCUACUACAUCAUCUCCUUCUACCCGGGCAUCUCGCCCCUCAUCUACUCGUGGUCGGGCCAGAACACGGGCGGCGACACCAAGCGCAAGGUCACCACGGCCAUGCUCUUCAUCGGCUCCAGCGUCGGCAACAUCGUCGGCCCGCUGCUGUUCCGCCGCGACGAGAGGCCCGCCUACACGCGCGGCCUCGUCGCCAACCUGGCCAUGUUUGUGCUGCUCAUCGUGCUCUUUGGCGCCGGCAUGCUGCUCAUCAAGGUGCUCAACGUGCGCCACGCCCGCCAGCGCGUCGCCCUCGGCAAGCCCGAGCACAUUAUCGACUACAGCAUGGCCGACAGGCGCGACGUCGCCAACGACGACGACGCGCUCAACGACGAGACGGUUGGCGAGAGGGGCUUUGAGGACAUCACGGACCUGAAGAACGAGGACUUUGUCUACGUCUACUAGUUUUUUUUUAUUGUAUAUUGUUUGUAGCAACACUGGAACGACGGCACGACGAAGUAUUGGUAGAAUCGCAUCACUAACGUGGGAGCCAUAUUAUUAUUGUAUACUUGGGUGUUGCAAAGAUCACGUUUGUGUCGAGGCACACCCGCCGCCCUUGAGGUUGAAUGGUC